ACCAAAACCCUGUUGAAAAUACCCCGUAGUCCGUAACAAGUUGGACAGAUAAGAUAUACCAAGUUUCGCAGCUCUGAUUUGAUCACGUUAUCAUUCCUCCCGGGCAUUCUCUCUUCUUUUGACACCUGUCUGGCGCCUGGCACUUGUAAAGCAGGGCUCUUCGUGGAUCCAGAUUGUGUACCCAGCAUCAGGGAAACCUCCUGGAAUGCUUGCUUCCAACGUCACCCAAAACAACUUGCACAGGGUCCCUCGCCUGUUCCAGCAGGCGGCGCAGGGCCUUUGAGGAUAUCACACCACACCGUCUAUGAUUGAAGUUUGUGCAGGAUGGCCAGACAACAAGAAGAAGAGACAUCUCUCUCAUUUGGUUAAUUUCAACUUCUCAUCAUCGAUCGACAAAUGCUACGGGCUCCUGUCGUCCACGGGUUGUAUGAAAAGCGCUCUUUUUGUUCAUUUCUUUUUGCGCCCAUCCCAUCGCAUCGGCGAUGCUCCACUCUUCUUUCCCAGCCACAGUCACCAUGCCUCUCGAAGCCUCGACAGCUAAAGUGUAGCGGGCUUGCUGGUCUCCCUAGCGACAAGGCCCAAUUCCACAAGCCAAUUGGCUACUACUCCUACCCUUGUUCUGAUUUCAGUUUUUUCGCGCUUGCCAACACAUCACCCCACACCACCACAUCCUUGAGCAAUGGCUGCCUUCAAUCCAAACCGCCACAGACCUUCCGUCAUCGCUGUUCCUGUUGCCCCUCGUCCAAGAGCCGUGGACGAACAAGAGGUAAAUGGAGGGUAAACAUGGCAAAGCGAAUGUUCAUUGUUCAGUUGCCCGAGCAAAUCAUUACCGUCCAAGAAGCGUCCAACUCAAUGGGCAAACGCCCAGCCAUCCCGCUUGUGUCUCAAGGUGCGCGAUGUUGUGAACCCCGAUCAUUCCCAACCUCCGUGAUUCUCUCCUAUCAAUAAGUUAAGAUAUGUUGAUCAUGGAAAUUGUGCCCAGCCACUUGGGCAACUCCUCGAAGCCCUCCUAACUGUGUAUGCAUUCCACGUGACACUAAGGGGACUUACCUACGGAGUACAUAGGAAAAUUUCAGGAUUUAGAAACCAGCCAUGAAUUGAGCACUUGAAGAUAUCCAUUCUCCUUUCACGACUGGUAUUUACAGAAGAGGGAAUGAUCCUGCAUAUUUUGCUAUUGGGAGGGUGCCGCAGCAGCCGUCAAAUUUCGCUCGCAAAAUCAUGGAAUUUGGCUAAUCGAUGAUCAAUGAGUGUGGUACUAAAUCAAGGGGCUCAAGCAAAGUGCUAUCAAAUCUAAUUGAAAUCAAAAGGUCGACGGAUCGUACAUACAUUUAUCAGUCAAGGUUCUUUUGACGCAACAUGGAAUUCUGUGAAGCUCCUUGGAAAAUUUUGUCUAAUUGAACUGGAAGCCCUCUUGAUCUCCUGGUCAAAUUGGGAGUGGACGGAGAAUCUCGCUAAGAUGAUUAUUCAAUAAACAGCGAAUAGGGAUACACAAAGCCAUGGCACUAAUACCUAACAGUCAAACAAAAGGAGAAAGACUACAUGGAUAAGUUUGGCCAAGCGCAUUCUAUCACCGCGAUAAUCAAGGCCACACCUCCCUUCCCCUUCCAACCAUACUUCAGGCUCGGGAAAAUAGAAUUACAUCUGCCUUUACUCGGUUCUCUUAUGCUGUAACUCGGUCUUGAACCCGUUGUUUAUGCUAACACUGACGGGGACAACCCCUCCGCAACUCAGCCUCCUGGCCCAUCACAUAUGCCCUCGUACCUCGACUUGCUGUCAACAUUUCCAUUUGGAUCUCUCCCACUAGAAUGUAUUAUCUCGUGCCUUGUAGGUCGAUGUGAUAAUGAUUCUAUGGGAAGUUUGAGG